AUGCCAGAUAAACACAAGUUGAGCUUGUUUUCAAGACAUAAACAUAGCAAUGAGGGCCACGACCUAUCACCGUCCAGCUCCAAUGUUUCAAGCGGUCGUAAAUUUUUAGGCAUUCACAUUGGUAAACACGAUUCGCAAGAUUCAUUACCGUCACCUAGUGGUACGCCUGAGCCACACCAUGAUGUCCACUCACCGACAACCUUUAACCGUAAACCAACAGCUCCAUCACCAGUUCAAUCAAACACUACCAACCAUUCUCAUGACAAGCAUGCUGCUGGUUCAAUGAGUGAAUUGAAACGUUUCUUCAAACCUACCAAAAAGACGUCAAAUGCAAAAGGAGGCAACGGGCAUUAUUCAGCUCAAGUACAUUCCCCACCUCCCAUGGCAAGUGGUAGUGGUGCACCUUCAAGAGAGCAGUCGAGCACGGCUCUAGCUACGAUGAUUAACCAAACGUCGUCGCAAUUGCUAGCCAAUGCGUCACACUCACAAAGUUCAAACAAGGAUCCGUUCACCGAUGAUAGCUCGCCUUUGGUGCAAAAAUAUGGAAAAGUGGGCAAAGAGUUGGGAAGUGGCGCUGGUGGAUCGGUGAAACUAAUUACAAGGCCUUCCGACUCGAAGACGUUUGCCGUGAAAGAGUUUAGAGCAAAGCGGGCUAACGAGUCGUUGAAGGAUUACACGCGGAAAUGUACAGCCGAAUAUUGUAUUGGUUCAACGUUGAAACACCCCAACAUAAUCAAAACGAUUGAUAUAUUACAUGAAAAUAACCGAUAUUUCGAGAUUAUGGAGUAUGCACCCAUUGACUUUUUCGCUGUGGUGAUGAGUGGUGAGAUGUCACGGACGGAAAUCAACUGUUGCUUGAAGCAAAUAAUAGAAGGUGUCAGUUAUUUACAUAGUCUUGGUUUGGCCCAUCGAGAUUUAAAGUUGGACAAUUGUGUGUUGGAUAAGAAUGGUAUAUUGAAGCUUAUUGAUUUUGGUAGUGCCGUGAUAUUCAGAUACCCUUAUGAUCAAUUUGGUGGUGCACAAAAUGUUCACCCAUGUCAUGGUAUAGUGGGAAGUGACCCGUAUUUGGCUCCGGAAGUCUUGAAAUCACCAAAUUCGUACAACCCGCAACCGGUGGACCUCUGGUCAAUUGCAAUCAUAUACUGUUGUAUGACUUUAAAGAGGUUUCCCUGGAAAAUACCCAAUGCGGAAAAGGACAACAGUUUUAAAAUGUACUGUUUGCCAGAUGACAACUACCAUGACUACAAUUUAAGUAAUGAGUGCCACAAGUUGCUUUUGCAGCAACGUAAGUUGAAGAAUACCAUUGUGCGUCUGAACAAACGAAAGAAGUUGUUGGAGGGUGAACAAAAGGAGGUGCAAGAGAAGCAAGCAGAACAAGACGAGGCUGGCGGAGUGCCGGCAGAUGGUGAAGAAGGCGAGGAGCCUCUGAAGGUAGCCAAGUCGAUUGAAUCUGGUGACAUCCUAGAUGAAACGCAAGAAAAUGAAAUUUUGACCCAAUUGAAGGAGAUAGACCACAAAUUGGAGGAGUACGAAACCAAGAAAACCGAAGCCAAAGAUGCUUUCAAUGAGGAAAGAAAGAAUGACUCGAAUUAUCAGAAACUCAUUGCGCAGCAAGAAGAAGAGGAAAACCGUAUUCAACGAGAAAAGGAGGCUGCCGCUGCUGCUGCAUCCGAAGGAAAGGAUACAAAAAAGAAACCUGCAAACCAUAAGCAGAUACAUGGGCCCUAUAGGUUAAUGCGGCUCUUGCCCCAUGCUUCUCGCCCGAUAAUGGCCAGAAUGUUGCAGCCAGACCCGAAGAAGAGGGCCACUUUGGAAGAGAUUAUGAAUGAUGAAUGGAUUAAGGAUAUACACUGCUGUACUUUGAGGAGAGAGACCCGAAGUGCUGAUAAUAUCGGUGCUAAUUUUGAUGAGGAUGACGAAGAAAUCUUGGUGAAAGGCACACCGCCACAUGAGCAUACAAUCGUUACGGAGAGUUCAUAG